AUGGGCGACGCACCACCAGAAAGCAUCAUAACUCCCGCAUACGUCGUCCACCGGCCCCAGCAGGACUUUACUUUGGAAGACAUCGUCCUCAGCCCACCCUUCGACAAUGAGAUCCUGAUUGAGAUGAAGUACAGCGGAAUCUGCCACACAGACAUCGCCUGCCAACAAGGCGAGUUCGGCGCUGGCAACCUUCCCGCGGUCUUUGGCCACGAGGGCGCUGGAUACAUUCGAUCUAUCAGCACUGCGGUGGCACAACGUCGAGGUCUGGCGAUUGGUGACUUUGUUUUGCUAUCCUUGAGUUUCUGCGAAAAGUGUAGAUACUGCGAAAGGGGAUAUCCAGCGGACUGCGAUGAGGGGCGACAUUUGAGGUUUUCAGGCUUGCGCGAGGAUGGGACUACAUCGGCUCAGAUACUUCGGAGUUCUCAGCCUGUUCAUAUGCGGUUCUUUGGACAGUCAAGCUUUUCGAAGUUCAGCCUGGUGCAUGAGACUUGUGUAGUCAAGCAUGACUAUCCGUCAGAAGAUGCUUCUAUAUUCGCAGCGAUGGGUUGUGGAUUCCAAUCCGGCAUCGGCACAGUCUUGAACGUCCUCAUCCCACCUUCCGACAGCUCCAUCGUCAUCUUUGGUCUCGGCACAGUCGGCCUCACAGCACUGAUGGGAGCAAAAUAUCUCAACGUGAAUCAAAUCAUCGCCGUGGACCUACUCGACACCAGGCUGUCGAUGGCAAAGGAACUCGGAGCAUCAGUAGCCUUCAACUCUCGAGACACCGACAUUGUGACUAGGAUCAUGGAUCUGACGGAUGGCUGCGGUGUCGAUUUCGCCAUUGACUGCACGGGAGCACCAAAGGUCAUCGAACCCAUGCUCGACUGUCUGGCCGUGCAAGGGACUGCAGUCACUGUCGGCGUACCACCCGCCGACGCCAAGAUUAGGAUCAGCCCCAUGCGGUUUCUCGCUGGAAGUCGAAGAUAUCUAGGUUGUCGAGAGGGAGAUUCUGUGCCUGCGCAGUUCAUUCCGAAGCUGAUGGAGCUGCAAAGACAAGGGCACUUUCCUGUUGAGAAGUUGGUGAAGGUGUACAAGUAUAGAGAUUUGGCACAAGCUCUGGACGAUAUGCGGAAUGGGUCGGUGGUAAAACCAGUGAUACAAUGGUCAUGA